UCCUUUCUCCUGUCAGGCCUCCCCUGAGCUCCGCCGUAAGUAGCUGCAGCGGCCCCGACACGAGAACUCUGUCUCCGGCUGUCUCUAUGGCCAGGACCGGGUUCUGCGACUCCAAGGCCCUGUUGGACUUGCACAAGAAGGCGGAUGAGAGGAGAGCCCCACUAAGAACUUGGACUAAUGCCUGUGGGCCUAUAGAUCGCUUUCAGCCUGUAGAAGUGGAGGAGUCCAGAACGGCCCCAGACAAAAUGGAACCAGAGAGCAGAUGGGAAAGGAGGCCAUCAACUCAUACCAGUGAAGUCCUCAUCAUGGGUUUCCAUGAGGAUAGCAGGACAUGCAAGGCUGCAGAUUGCUGUGUGGCGGCUCCAGUUCUCCUCUACCCGCACGGCAUGCAGGGGCUUCACAGCCUACACACCCUGGUUCCCAGCUUACUGAAACACGAAGUCGAGAUGGCACUUGAGAAUCUGGACCUUAUUUGGGAUCGAACGUAUGCCUGGGACAUGUUCUUGGACAUGAUGGGAACUCAAAUGCAAUACUCCUUUCCCAAUGCUGAUCUCCCUCGCCAAUUCACUGAUGCUACUCGAGCUAUCCUAAUAGAGUGGAUCAUUCAAGUUCAUGAGUUGCUACAGUUCCAAGAAGAGACUCUCUACCUAGCAAUACACCUCCUCAACCACUCCCUGCGACAGCUGAAGGUGUCCGUAGCCAACCUCCAGCUCCUUGGCAUGGUUUGCCUCUUUCUUGCUGCAAAGAAAGAGGAGAGCCUCCUUCCAGAGGUGUCUGCACUCUGCAGCUUGAUGGACCACACCUACACAAAGCAUCAGCUUCUGCGAAUGGAACGCAAAGUUUUGUGUGCGCUCAAGUUUGAUCUGUCCUUCAGUCCCCCGCUGCACUUCCUCCUCCUGUUUGCCUCUGUUGCUCGCUGCAGUGCUACGGUGGUGUGGAUGGCUCGUUAUCUACUAGAACUCUCUCUGCUAGAGGCCCAGUGUGUGGUGUUUCUGCCUGUACAGCUGGCUGGCGCAGCCCUCUGCUUGGCCCGCCAAGUUCUACAGGAAUGUCCAACGCCAGAGGGAGAGGCUGCAUGGUGUCUGGCUUCCAGCAUCCAUGUUGGCAGUGAGCCUACUCUGCUGAGGAUCAUGCAUAUUCUAGCUGGUGCUGCAGCCAAAGCCAGCUCCCAAGAGACCUGUGCUACUUUUAUUAAAUAUUCAUCCCCAAAGACAUUGCAAGUCAGUAGACACCCAGGUCUGAAUAAUGCUGCAGGUCUGCUGAGUGUUUACAGUUGACAUCUCUGAAUUGGACACAUUGAGUACUCUGCCUAAGCUCAAUCUGAACUAAUAUCACUUGUGUUUUAUAAGGAGCUGCAGAUUAAGGGUCUGAAGUGUGAGAAAUUUCAUGCUGAAUGUUGACAAAUUGUUUGUUUCCUUGCAUGGGAUUUAGCCGAGAAUGUAGCAACGUUCGUUUUAUAAUAACUUGCAGCCAAUUUAGAAAAUACUUUAAUUGUACUGAUGUGUUCUUGUCUUUUGUGGAGAGGAUGUGGGUCGUCUGUCAACAUGUAUGAAAUCUUUUUUUAAUGUAAAAUAAAG